AUGUAUAAUUAGCAAUCAUUAAUUCCUCAAUCACAGCACUAUUUAUCACCAAAUUAGAGGCCAAAAUCCAAAAAUAAUUUAGAUUAUUAUAACGAUCCUUAUGAAAGUUAGUAAAACGCCAUCCAUCAAGCAGCUUCUGCUUAGCAGCUUAUUAGCCCUCCAACUUAAAUGAUACCAUCUUAGCAUUUAUAUUAGCAAGACCUUUUAGGUGAGAUGAGAGCAAAAAUGAAUUUAUAAUCAGAAAAUAUCAAAAUAUACAUAACGUUAAAAAAAGAUGUAGAUGACGAAGGGGAUUAUCGCAAACUCAUUUUAAUGACAAAAACUAACAUAAAAGUUUCUAUGCUAAAGAGACUUGUUGAAUAAGAAUUUUCAGACUUAUUUCCAAAUGAACCAACAUUUAUUUGUGCGAAAUUGUAGGAUUAAUAUGGAUAUUCAUUAUCAAAUAGUAGCUAUGUAUUUGAAUUAGUUAAAAAUGGAGAUAAAUUAUACGCGCUUCCUGAAAAAAUAGGUUCUGAUAUGGGUGCGGUCAAUAUGCAUUUAACAAGUGACAUAUAAGAACUGCUGUAUCUGCUUAGAUCUAUGCAGCAAAAUAUCUGCUCCAAGCUAACGGAUGCUUCAUUUACCAGAAUUGAAAAUCUUGAAGAAGUUUUAGGAGCUAUUCUCCCUUUAGGAUUUAGUGCCUAAAACAAAAUGAUUGUGCAUAAUGUUGCAGCUAUUAUAAGAAAAAUAUUCCUUACUGAAAGAUUAGAAAUGUUUGAGGUUUAAGAAAAUAUUAUUAUUCUCAAUUUGUUAAUUAAUCUUCUUCAUUUUUGGAUAUGCGAACUCAUUUUCGGCGAUCCCUACCUACUGCAAUAAGUAGUCGACAUAUUGGAAAUCUUAUUCAAAUCGAUUGUAAUUUGCCAAAAAAUGAAAACUCCAUAAGCAAUCAACUCAUUAAUGUUAGCAUCUAAGUUAGAUUCAGUAUCAGUUCAAACAAGGUCUAGAAUGAUUAAACUCAUUUCACAUUUAACAAAAGGUGACUUCAAAAACACUUACAAUCCUAAACCUGUUUCAAGAGGAUAAAUCAUACAGCUUAACAGAGAUGUAGAUGCAGCCUAACGCUAAACUGGUCUAAGAUUAUAAUAGCAAGAAGAAAAUAACAGAAUUAAAUAAUAAUAAGAAGAUAGUUUAGAUUAAUUUUAUAAAAACUCAUAGAGUAGAUUACCUAUUGGCAGAGAAAAUUAAAUAAAUCAAAGCUAUUAACCUAACUUUGCACCAAAUAAUGCUACAAACAAUGUAAUUAAAAGACCUUAAAGCAUAAGAGGAAACACAGCUAAUAAGAAUCUCUAAAAUAAUCCCUAUGGUGAGUAUAGACUUCCAUCUAAUCCUUAAAUUAAAAUAGAUGAUUAAUUAGAAGAUGCUAAAAGAUUAUAGCAAUAAUCCAGAUUCGAACCCUUUAAAAAUUCGACUAAAAAUAUAAUGCGUCCAAAAUCGCCUAAAGAAAAUUAGGAUGGAUAUGUAGGAAAUAUUUAUUCAAAAGAUGGAGCAGAUACAUUCCAAACAGUAAAUGAUAACAUGAUGAAAGACUAUGUUAGUUUAUUAGAUCCAACUGCAUCAAGAGAUAUGCAUAUUUUUGCAGUUUAGAACUUAGAACCUAUUAUUGAAAGUAUAAUACACAUCAUUAUGGAUAACAAAGAAAGCUAUUCAAAGAUUCUUAAUCUAAUUGAAAUUACUCUUCCAACAGAUCCAUCUAUGCAGUAACUUAAAAUCUUAGAUACAAUUUGCCAACAUCUGAAUCCUUAUAGAGCAGAAGAAGGAUUAAAAAAUAAAAUUAUUUAAAGAGUGUUAAAAGCAUUUAACUUUUAACCAACUGCCUUCUAGCCAAUAUUAUUUAAUUUGAUGAGGAAACACCUUGAAGUUGGAGGUUAUGCAGUUGACGUAUCUACUGCAAUUAGCCUUAUAGAAUGCCCUUACGAAAAUCUUCAGAAUUUAGGUAUGAAAAUACUUACAGUUCUCUCUGAUUCAAAUAGAUCAAGAGUUUCUAAUUUUGAUAUAUCAUUUGAAAGUCACAUUAAAAUGUUGAUUGACCUAACGCUCGCAAGAGAUAAAACACAUGAAUUUGUUAAUCACACCCUAUAAACUCUUUCUAAUUUAGCUCUUAAAGACACUCUUAGAGCUUAAAUUGUCCACAAUAAGGGAGUAGAAAUUUUCUUAGCCCAUUUAAGAAAUGACUCCAAUAUUGAAGGCAAAAGAUUAGCUGCAAAAAUACUUUUAAAUCUAUCUAUAGGAUCAAGUAAUAUAAAUAAAAUUAACAAAAUUAUAUUUAAACCAUUAUAAUUGUCAAAUAGGAGAUAUAAAAAUGAGGAUUGUUGGAGAAUUGACUGA